GCUAGUGAGUGGUCUGCGUGAGCCUAGAAGACUAAGCUGAGGGUAAAAUCGUCUCAAAGCUCUAGUUCCGGAAGAUCAUAACAGCUCUCACAAGAAAGAAAAUGGAAUCCUGAGGUAGCAGUUAGUUAAUUCGAUCCUUGUUGCUGAGAAUUAAAAAAAAACUGUUUCACCCCGGCAUAUUACGUCGCCGAGCAGCAUCUGGAUCUAUCUGAACUUCUGUGAACGCCCUGUAGACCACCCUCCCUUCAAAAUCAAUGGAAGGGUCUGACAAUGCUGAGCGAGGCGGCAGUGACCAGCCAGAGUCACAACGCAGGAGGCAGCUGGACCGCCUGGAUAGAGAGGAAGCUUUCUACCAGUUUGUCAACAAUCUCAGUGAUGAGGACUAUCGUCUUAUGAGAGAUAACAACCUUUUAGGCAAUCCAGGAGAGGUGACAGAAGAUGAGCUAUUUAGUAGACUUCAACAAAUCAAAGAUGGUCCAGAGCAGCAGAAUAACACCACAAGCACCGAAACUUCUGAAGAACCAGUUGAACAACCAGAAUCCUCUGAAGAUGCUCCUGGGGGGGAUAGCCUCCUGGACUGGCUUAACACAGUGCGUCGCACAGGCAAUACGACCAGGACUGGUCAUCGUGGAAACCAGUCGUGGCGUGCCGUAAGCCAGACUAACCCUAAUAGUGGUGAUUUUCGCUUCAGCUUGGAGAUUAGUGUGAAUCGAAAUCUGGCUGAACAGCAAGCAGCUGCUGAAGGAGAACAGGAGCCCCCACCGCAAGCUCCUGAAGUUCCAGAAAUGGUUGCAAAUCCUGAACCACAAACCCCCAUGGAGACGGAGGUAGUGGAAGAACCAGUUGUAGAAGAACUGGCUGUCAGUGUAGAGCCAGAACCUGAACUAGAAGAAGCUGUUCCACAAGAAGUUGUUGGGGAGUCUCCCAGCCCACCUGCAGCCCCACCAGAACAAGCACCACCUUGUUCUUCUCCUCGUAGAGGACAAAGAAGAGCCCGCAGCCGUAGUCCAGAACCUCGCAGGACUAGGGCCCGUUUAGCCAGAAGCCGCUCCCCUUUCAAUCUGGAUCAACUUGAUGGUCUACCUAAUCCACGACAUCCUUACAUCUCUCAAAGCCCAAGUUCUUCCUCAAACACCCCCCCUGCACCUCAAGUGGAGGGCAGUUCUCGGACUCGACAGCACAUCCUUACAAGGCAAAGCCCAGCUGAUGCAGAUGCUCAGCCACCUAGAGCCGAUCCAGAAGCAAUACCAGAGAUCCAACAAGUUGGAUCGCAGGAAGGAGAGUCUCCUGGGACUGAAGGAGGUGCACCAGGGCGUCGUCCCCCAACUAUAAUGCUCGAUCUCCAGGUGCGCCGUGUGCGUCCAGGUGAAUAUCGGCAAAGGGACAGCAUCGCCAACCGUACCCGUUCCCGCUCCCAGAAUUCAAACAACACAUAUCUUUUUGAGAGUGAACGCGGUGGUUUUCGUAGGACCUUCUCACGCUCUGAGCGUGCUGGUGUAAGGACCUACGUCAGCACAAUUCGAAUCCCUAUUCGAAGAAUCUCAGAUGCCGGUUUGGGAGAAGCAACCUCAAUGGCUCUUCAGUCUAUGAUCAGGCAAAUCAUGACAGGCUUUGGUGAGCUAGGCUACCUUAUGGAUUCAGACUCGGAUUCUUCCGAUUCAAACCGCGGAACUGGCACACCCGCAGACUUGGAAACCCUCAACAAUACAGAAGCAAACAACUUAGACACUUCUGGUUCUGCUGAUGUUGAAGAACAUCAACAACAACCACCGGUGGCACCUGGGGUUAGAGGACGGACAGUGGAGGCAGAUGUGGAUGAGGGCCUUGCCACCGGGCCACAGGGUUCAGGUAACAGGGCUCGACCUAGACCACCCAUUAGCCUAGAGGAGCCCAGCUCGCUGCCCUUCCUUCGACUUGCUCAUUUCUUCCUCCUAAAUGAUGAUGAUGAUGACCAACCUCAGGGGCUGACUAAAGAACAGAUUGACAACCUCUCCAUGCGUAACUUUGGUGAGAGUGACGCCCUGAAGACCUGUAGUGUCUGUAUAACAGAGUAUUCCGAAGGGAACAAACUACGUAAGCUCCCUUGCUCUCACGAGUACCACGUCCACUGCAUAGACCGCUGGCUUUCUGAAAACUCCACAUGCCCCAUCUGCCGCCGGGCUGUUCUGGUAUCAGCCAACCGAGAGAGUGUGAUAUAACUCUAAAGAAAUGGCAAGUUUUUUGUUCUAAGUCAUAUACUUUGAACGUGUCUCCAUUCAAAUUAAUUUCCAUCUUACCAUUGAUGAGUUUGAUCAUGUUUUAGUUUGGGGUCCUCCACUUUUCGACAUCGAGAGAUCUGUCUCCAAUUAGACAUCGACUGUUGGUGUCAAGGACUGGUACAAAGCAACGCAUGCUGUUGAUCAAAGUGUAGCGACCACGCGGUGUUGCAUCACGUCAAUCAGACCUAAACCCUUUGAUUGUAAAUGCUGCACACUUCCAAGCAGUCUUGAUAUUUAAUUUUGUUUUUUUCUUCCCUAAAUAGCACCUGAUGUACCUUAAGUUGGAUAUAGACACAUUUUUCAGUGACACCAGUUCAAAACAUUAGCUGUAAAUAAGCUUGUACAAAUAAUUUUGAUUCAUACUUUGUAUCAGUGCAUUGGUUUUGGAUUGUAAGUUAUCUCACAUGAAGAUCUUGGUCAUUUUUGCUGCAUUGACUUAAAGCAGAUAGAAAAGUUGUGUAGAGAUUGUGAUGUUCAAAGGAUGUUGCACAUUAUUUUGCAAUUUGGUGUGUAAUCAGAGCGUUUCUAUUUUUCCUAAACUCACCUGACUGAACUGUCCCACUUAUAAAAGUGCCACGUACCGUUCAAUUUCAGCUGUGCGCCAAAUUCUUGUGAGAAAAACAAAAGUGUUGUACUGGCAUACGCUAAACAAAUUUGCAUCCUGUAGUCGUUAUUUUAAACACCAGUGAUGCAAAAAGAACAUGUGAGUGUAAAUAUUGGUUAUAAAUGUUGGGUUGCUAUAAGGUUUUGGUUGUUCUAACCUAAAGCUAUUAUUUUAUUAGGAAGUUAGAACUUGAAAUAAAGUUGAUUUUCCAUCUAAUCACAUUUUCUCUGAUGUACAGUAAUAUCUCUGUCUUUUGUCUAAUCUAACCAGCAAUUUUCUAAGUAGUUGUUGGCCUGAUUUGCAAAAUAACAAUUUGACUUAAAACACUUAAUUCUAAAUGUAAAAUUGACAGAUCCUUCUCCAUUUUAUUAAUUCUUAUUAAUAAAGUAAUUAUUAAUUUAUCAAUGCCUUAUUCAGGCAGUAGUCAAGAGAACAAUGACUUCAUCCUUAAAACAUCAGUAAAAAGUCAAAACAUGAACUGAACUGCUUUAUGAGCACAGACUGGUGUGCUGUGUGUGCAAAAUGAAAACCAUGAUAUAAAUGUGUACCAUUGUUUAAAAUGUUUAUGGUGAAAAUCGUAAAUGAAGACUUAUUACCCUUUACAGUAUGUCUUGGAUUUUUUUUAAGGAGUUAUGAAGGUUUUAGAUGUUAUUAAAGAACAGGAACACUGGCGGAAGGAGGAAAAGGGCAUCCCGAUUAAUGCCAUCCUGUCAUUUUGUUUCACUGAUUAAUAUGUCUUAGCCACAGUUACUUCCUCUUUGUAGGACAUAAACAUUUGAAUGCAAGACAAUGUUGAAUUACCGUGAAACAUGUAAAUGAAUUCUGUGUUUUCUCUGGGGUCGAGCUUUGCUCUGGCCUCGUUCUGUGAUCCACCCAGUGCAGGAUGUUAGCUGGGUGUUUAAUGAAACUAACCGCUGAAUUAAACAAGUUGUUAUGCUAUGAA